AAAUUGGAAAAAUUCUCCCAGCAGCAUUUGGAAUUUUCCGAACUGACAAACAGUAUGAUCCUUAUCAAGACAUCAGGAAAAAUCUCUUUGCUCGGAUCAGCAAUGAGGUACCUCCAAGACCAGCAUACUGCAGCUAUUACAAGAUCGUGGAGUCGAACCGUCAUUGUAACACAACCGACUUUGGUAAAGCCUGGUCCAACAAGCUCCAGCCUGGUAAUAAAGUAUGUGUGGAAUGUCAGCCCUUCGCCAUGGACAAAGAGGCUGGUCUACGCUGUAAAGGCCAUGGCGUGAUCAAUCAAGCAACUCACUGGAAGGCCCUGGACGUUCACCAUUGUCAUGGCAAAUGGAUAAUGGAAAAGGUCCAUAAGACCUGUACAUGUAACAUCUACGGAGACAAUGAUUUUAUCCUUGUCUAACUCAAAUCUUGUGUGGCUGGUCCAAGUACCGGUCAAUUGUCAUUGCUUGUAAAUCUCACAAAUAAUUAUGAUUUUGUUAUUUUUAGUUGAUAUGUUUGAGUCCAAACAUGACCAUAUUUGACACAUUGUAUAAAAGACACAAAAACUGCUUAUAUACUGUUUGAUUGAGAUUUAACAAGUUGACAGAUCUGUUUCUCCUGGUGUAGACAGAUAUUGUUUGGUACAUGUACAUACAGAGACUUUACAAGUUGACAUGUCUGUUUCCCCUGGUGUAGACAGACAUUGUUUGGUACAUACAGAGACUUUACAAGUUGAUUGAUCUGUUUCUCCUUGUGUAGACAGAUAUUAUAAGGUACAUACAGAGACUUUACAAGUUGACAGAUCUGUUUCUCCUUGUGUAGACAGAUAUUAUAAGGUACAUUCAGAGACUUUACAAGUUGACAGAUCUGUUUCUCCUUGUUUAGACAGAUACUGUAAGGUACAUGCAGAGACUUUACAAGUUGACAGAUCUGUUUCUCCUUGUGUAUACAGACAUUGUUUGGUACAUACAGAGAAUUUACAAGUUGAUUGAUCUGUUUCUCCUUGUGUAGACAGAUACUGGAAGGUACAUACACAGACUUUACAAGUUGACAGAUCUGUUUCUCCUGGUGUAGACAGAUAUUGUUAGGUACAUACAGAGACUCUAACAGUUGAUAGACCUGUUCCUAAAACUGUAAUAUAAUCAUAAUAAAACAGUAAUCAGCAUUGUUGAUGUUCGGCUCCACACACUGGAAUGUGAGCCCAUCGCAAUUAUUAAACAAAUACACCAUCUCUUCACCACCGAAAGUCACAGGUCAUCAUGCAGUCUUGUCGUAUCUCCUUUUAAUUCUGGCUACAAACACUGUUCUGUAGUGUACACACCAGGACGGCAUAGCUUGAUUUAGUUUCAUUAGCCUUAUAACACAUUUUAACAAAUUUGAAUGAGUGACUUUUCAAAAUAAUUUGAUAUGAAAUUAAAAAUAUGCGGAUUCUGUGGAUUCAAAGUGUCCACUGUCAGAUGAUACAAAAAUACUCAUAUUCCUUUUUUUAAAUGAUUUUGGAAAAUUAUAUUUAAUUUAUGAUGAAGCUGAUGGUGCUUGCUAAGAGUUUGUGUAGGUUGUUGACAGUGAGGUAGGUGUUGACUGCAGGUGACUGGACCUCUCACAACCCUGGCAGCUCGCACAGGUGACUGGACCUCUCACAACCCUGGCAGCUCGCACAAGGAAAGGCUCCUCUGGCUGCAGGGUUUUCACAGAUUUCCUUUCCUUUCCUAAUUGGUCAUGGUUUAAUUUUCACAUAUUACCAUGUGGUAACAGCUCACGGUUCUGGUCAUUGUUAAGGUAACCUGGCACAAUUUUACUCAUGAAUUAAGUAUUAAUCAAAACAGGAACAAGUCUUACCAACCUGCAGAUGUAUCGCAGAAAGGGAAAUAACUCUAGUUUUAUUUUCACCUUUUUACACAACUUUCGUUUUUCCCUGAAAUGAUUUUUUAGAAAGGCAGAUAAGAAUAUCUCUGCAUGGUUGGAAGUUAAUGGAGCCUGACAGUACAUUGGAUAUUUCCCCUGUCUAAGGUGGUGUGACUACCUUGGUUAAGGUGGUGUGACUACCUUGGUUAAGGUGGUGUGACUACCUUGGUUAAGGUGGUGUGACUACCUUGGUUAAGGUGGUGUGACUACCUUGGUUAAGGUGGUGUGACUACCUUGGUUAAGGUGGUGUGACUACCUUGGUUAAGGUGGUGUGACUACCUUGGUUAAGGUGGUGUGACUACCUUGGUUAAGGUGGUGUGACUACCUUGGUUAAGGUGGUGUGACUACCUUGGUUAAGGUGGUGUGACUACCUUGGUUAAGGUGGUGUGACUACCUUGCAAUUUGGCCAGUAGGUACAAUGCCAUACAUGUAGGUAUAUAUACAUAUAUAUCGACUUUUUGUAGAAAGAAUUUUUAUAAAUAUUUUACAAAGUGAUUUUAGAAUUUUUUAUCUAGAUUAGAAUAUAUGGCAGGAUUAUUUGUAAGCCUGAAUUAUGUUGGACUUGACUUAGAUAUUUAAAAAUCAAAAUGAAGAUGUAGAGUUCAUAGUUAGAUUUUUAACAUGCUUACAUUGUUUAUAUAUGAUUUUUAACAUUGAUUUAUCAUAAUCAUCAGUUGAUGAAAUUAUUUAUAUACAUUUUUAAAGCAUAUAAUAUAUUGUAUAACUAAAAUGUAAGAAGACUUGGUUGUAAUUGACAUUUUCUGUUGUAUCAGAAUUGUCCUCAGUAUGUCCUCCUGACCAGUAUCCAUAAAAAUCUACACACUUUUAGGAUAUUUUUUUUUAUAGGAGUCACCCUGGAAAUAUUUCUUGUUAAUAAUAUUAUCUAUGCAUGGAAUUCAAUGUCAUUUAUUAGCUCACCGGGUCCGAAGGACCAAGGUGAUCUUAUGCCAUACCGUGGCGUCCGUCGUCCA